UUAGCCGAUCGCAGAGAAACAUCCACGGAUUUUGAUACCCCCAAAAAAAAAGCAAAUGGAAUUCUUUGUUGAAGAAGGCAAACACCUUCACGAUGAAUGCUCAACUCUCGUCCUGCCAGCAUUGUCGAUCGGAAAUGUGGGGCAACUAGCGUUGGAUCUUCUGGUUUCGACGAUGAGAGCAGAGAGAAUUGGGUAUUUGGAUACUCCUUUCGUUCUUCCCUGUGUUGGAAAUGACGCUUAUGUCCCUACCCCUCAAGGCCACCUUGCUCUUCCUCUCGAAGCUUAUGAAUCACCUUCUAAUGCAUUGACUCUUCUCCAACAAAGGUCCCCAAUUGUUAAGGGGACGAUCAUUGAGUUUGCAAAAAACUUGGCUGAUUUUGCUGCGGCUAGUGGUAAGAAGCACGUUGUUUUGCUAUCUAGCUUGGAUUUCGGAAGGUGGCAGAGAAUUGAUGUGUCAAGUGGUUCACAGGUGCAUUACCUAUCUAGCACCAAUGAGGAUGGAACAGAUGACUACUGUGAGGUUCUUGGUUUGAAAAGACUGCAAGAAUAUAACCCCGAACAAAGAAGAUGGAAAUAUCUCACUACUUUAGCAGAAGGCAGUGCCAUGCUGGAUGAGGAAUUGCCUUUUGAAGAUGAAGAAGACUACUACCCAAGCUUGCCUUUUGCUGCACUUUAUUGUUGUUUCAAGGCGAAAGGGUUGAAGGUCACCUGCUUAUUAUGCUACUGCACAGAGGGAGACAACAUACCUGAUGCUUUCAAUUUAGCUGAGGCCGCAUGCAAACUUCUCGGAAUCAGUCCCAGUAAUUUGAGUGGCAAUAAUGGCAGCAAAUGGCUCAUCCCAUAUUCUUGGAAAACCGUGUACGGACCACCUCCGGAUGUGUCUAUCUUUUAGGGACUGUGAGGGAAGAUCGGAGGAAGGGCGGGCUCUACAAUUUCAGCUCCGAAACGCCGUUGUUGCAAGUCCUUACAGAGGCUUAGCCAAUAUAGUGGAAGUGAGUGCAUGCAGAAUUAAGUAAAGGCAGGAAGGGCGUAAUAUUUGUACUUUCAAGAAAUAAUUUUUUAUAAAGCUAUGAUAUUGGCCUUAGCAGCUUUGUCCCAACAUUAUGAGAAAUUUUCAAAUCUGAAAAGGUUUCUCCCA